AUGCGGCUGCUUUCCCUCGCCCUCUUCUACCUGGGCUCCGUCUCCUUCUUCGGGGCGGAGGCGGCCAAGCUGGACGUUGCGUCAGACUUCAAGAGAAAGUGGUCCCGAUGGGCGCUGAGCCGAGCCAGGCGGGACGCGGCGCUCCCCCAGGCGGACGCGGACGCGCCUUCCUUCGCCCAGGCCCGGGAGGCGAGAGGCGAGCCCAGCCGCCGUGAGGAGGGCCACGUCCGCCUGAAGCGCCAGGACCCCAAUGCCGUCUUCCACACUCAGCUGCGCGUCACCUGCAAGAUGGGGACCUGCUCGGUGGCCAAGCUGGCCGACCAGCUCUUCCACCUUAACAACAAGGAGAAGGACGCCAACGCCCCCACCAGGAAGAUCAGCCCGCACGGCUACGGACGGCGGCGGCGCUCGCUGGUGGAAGCCCUGGUGGCCUUAAAGAGCGGCGGCGGCUCAAGGACAUUCUCCGGCCAGCUGGCCUCUUCGGUUCCCUCACAGCCUUGA